UGCAAUAUCACUUCUAUUUCUCCCUCCUUUCACAAGGAAGGGCGUAGAAGAAUCCACCAUUAUAGCUCUAUAACCAAACAAAAAAAAACAUUUAAGUCUCAUCAUUACACAACGACAAAAAAAACCAAAUGGGUAUCAAGUUCUUGUUGAUCCUUGGCCUCUUGACCCUGGCCGUCGUCGCCGAGUCAGCCAAUGCCACAUGGACCCUGACCAAAUCUUGUGUCAAUGGCCAAGGUUGCAUCGGAGAUGAUGAUGGGCUUGAGUCCUUGAUGGAUUCUGAAACCAACCGGCGCCAACUAGCCGCAAGGCGCAGCUACAUCAGUUACGGUGCGCUCAAGAAGAACAAUGUUCCGUGCAGCAGACGUGGCCGGUCUUACUACGAUUGCAAGAAGAGGAAAAGGGCUAACCCUUACAGACGUGGCUGCAGCGUCAUCACACAUUGCUACAGGCAUGCUUCUUAAUUUCAAGAGCAAUAUGAUUGAAGAAGCGAAUGCAAAAAAAAAAAAAAAAAAAAAAA